ACGCCUUAUUUAUUUUACCGAUGGAGGCUAUAGAGGAUAGUAACUCUACCCUCCAUAAUUUUACUCUAUAGUGAAAAAAUCUUAACCUCUUUGGCUUAAAAUUAAAAAAAAACGUGGAAACACCGUGUUAUUAGUAUUGACAAUUAAAUAACUUGUAUGAUUGUUUACAUAUUUAUGAAUUUAAAAAAAAAUGGCUAAACUUUCGAAUAAGCACAGGAAAAAAACAAAAAUAAUAAUUAAAAAAAAUUCAAAGCCUGAAACUAUUUUAAUUAAACAACUCACGGCUAAGUAUAAUAAGAUUGAUGAAGCAAAUAUUAAAACGUUUUCUGACCUACCAUUAUCGGAACAAACACAAAAAGGAUUGGCUGAAAAUGGCUACAAAGUACCAUCGGACAUUCAAAGACAAUGUAUUGGUGUAGCACUUCAAGGGAAGGAUAUUUUAGGUGCUGCAAAAACUGGUAGUGGAAAAACUCUUGCUUUUCUUAUUCCGGUAAUUGAAUGUUUGUAUCGUGAACAAUGGUCAGCAUUGGAUGGACCAGGUGCAUUGAUAAUAACUCCUACACGAGAAUUAGCUUAUCAAAUUUUUGAGACUUUGAGAAAAAUAGGAAAAUAUCAUAAUUUUUCCGCUAGUUUAAUUAUCGGUGGCAAAGAUUUGAAAUUAGAAAGAAAUCGUUUAGAACGUUGUAACAUUAUUAUUGGUACUCCAGGAAGAAUUCUUCAACACAUGAAUGAAAAUGCUGGAUUGAGUUUUGAUAACAUGAAAAUACUUGUUUUGGAUGAAGCUGAUAGAUGUUUAGAUUUUACUUUUCAAAAAAGUAUUGAUGCUAUUAUUGAAUUUCUACCAGAAGAAAGACAAUCAUUAUUAUUCUCAGCUACUCAAACUAAAAAAGUUAAAGAUUUAGCUAGAUUAAGUUUAGAACACCCAGUUUAUAUUUCAAUUCAUGAACACACAAAAUAUGUUACGCCAGAAAAUUUAAGACAAAAUUAUGCUGUUUGUAAUAUAAAUGAUAAAUUAGCAAUGCUUUGGUCGUUUCUUAAACAACAUCAAAAUCAAAAAAUUAUUGUAUUCUUUUCAACUUGUAAACAAACAAAAUAUAUGUAUGAAGCUUUCUGUAAAUUGAGACCAGGAAUUGCUUUAACAGCACUUUAUGGUAGAAUUCAUCAAUUAAAACGAAUGAGUAUUUAUGAAAAAUUUUGUAAAACAAAAAGAGCUGCACUUUUUGCAACAGAUAUUGCUUCCCGUGGAUUAGAUUUUCCUGAUGUUCAUUGGGUAAUACAAAUGGACUGUCCAGAAGAUACUGAUCAAUAUAUUCAUCGAGUUGGUAGGACAGCACGGUUUCAAUCCGAUGGUCAAUCUCUUUUAGUUUUAUUACCUAAAGAAUUGAAAAUGGUUGAUAAACUUAUUGAAAGAAAAAUUCCGAUAAAGAAAAUCAAUAUUUCAGAAAAUUAUCUAUUUUCUCCGCAUCGAAAACUUGAAUCAUUUCUUGCAAGAGAUGUAGAACUUAACCAGUCAGCUAAAAGAGCCUUUCAGUCUUAUAUUAAAUCAGUAGAUCACAUGAAAGAUAAAGAAGUAUUCGAUGUCAAGUCAUUAGACACCGAUGCAUAUGCUAUAUCGUUGGGUUUGGCUAUUGCUCCUAAAAUCCGAAUAAAAAAAAAAGAAAAUAAAAAUAAAUCUAAUAAAAUAGAAGACAAAUUAUCAGCAGAUAAAUCUAAUGACGAUACAAAAGAAAAUGAUAAUAAUGAAGAAGACAACGAAGAAAGUAGUGAUGAAUACGAAAAUUUAUCAACAAAAAAUGAUAGAAAAAUAAAUAAUUCAAUUAAUCAUGAUGAUAGUGAUAAUGAUGAUGACUUCUUGACAAUAAAGAAAAAAAACGUUCAGAUUGAAGACGGUGAUCCUGAUGAAUUUGCAGAAGAUUUUAAUGAUACACCAAUUGAUAUUCACAUAAAGUCAAAGAAAAAAAAAGUUAUUACUAAAGCCGCUGCUGCGAAAAAAAUUCUUCAUAAAAAAAUUAUUCCCAACAAAAAGACAAUAUUUGAUGAAGAAGGAAAGGAAGUAAUUGAUGCGACAAAAUCGAAAGUAUCCGAGCUUGCAAAGCAACAUGAAAAUACGGAUGUUUCAGGAAUCGAUAUUGAAUUAUCGAAAAAAAUAUUACGUGAAGAAGAUAAAAUUGAUAAACAACGAUUUAGAGAAAAAGUUAAAGAAAAACAUCGGGAAUUAAAGCGUAAACUGAAAGAACUAAAAAAUAAAAAAGAUAGUGAUGAAGAAGAUGAGACAUCAUAUCAUGAAGAAAAUAAACGAAUUACGGAUGACAGUGAAAGUGAAUUCGAAUCUGAUGGUCCAGAUGUAUCAUUUUUACCUGAUCCUGAUAAGAUUUAUGGUCCCAAAAAAGAUUCAAAUGAUGAUGAAGACGAUGAAUCUGAUGAGCAGCCUAUUCACCGCAGAGCGCCGAAACGAAAAUUAUUGACCCAAAAUGAUGUAAAAGAAAAAAGAUCUAAAUUAAAAAUUCCGAAAAAUAGCGAUUUACUUGCAACAGAGGAAUUGGCAUUGCAAUUAUUACAUAAUUAAAUUAAUAUAUUAAAUUUAUUUUAUAUCAUUUUUUAUUCUGAAUAAAUAAAUCAAAUCAUUAAAAAAAUGUGUAUAUUAGUUAAAUAAAAGAUAUCUAAAAUAAAUAAUAAAUAAUAUUUUUUAAUAAAUUAAUGCUCUUAUUUUAUCUAAAUUAAUUAAUUAAAUGAUAAUGCGCACAUUACAAAGCAUUU